ACUUAAAGCCCCCAUGCAACGGCCUAUGCGAAUUUUGAGAAAUAAAUGAGGCUAACCAUGUGUAACACGGAAAUAAAGUCCUUCUUGACGAAGCGCCACCUAUUUUGCACGCACAAAGCAAAAACUGCACCUCCGGCUCACAUUUCUCAAAAGUGCGGCUGGACCGGAAGUGACGUCACACGGGGCAUUCCCGGCACCGCGGGAAAAACAUCAACACUUUUGCAGACGACAUUUCUGUCUCAGCGUCAACUUUCACUUCCUUCCUUGUUGUUUCCGUCGUUAUGUAAUUUUUUCGUCAUGGUUAAACGCUGUGUGGCUUUUGGGUGUAGUAACACGUCUCGGUUAGGUUUUAGUUUGCAUAAAUUCCCCCAAACUCCGUGGAGACGUCGUCAAUGGGAGCGGUUCGUCCAGCGCCGAAGAGCACAGUGGACUGUAGGUGCCUGUUCCUACCUUUGCAGCAAACAUUUCUCCGUGAAACAGUUUUAUGGCGGGCUUGAAAGUCAAUUCGGGCUGGACAGGCGGGCCAAGCUGCAGAAAACGGCCUGUCCGGAUAUCUUGGACGCGGCAGACGCAGACGGAAGUGCCGGGCGAGAAGGAGCGUCGUCUGCUCGCCGGUCAGCUGUCGAGAAGCUCAACAAUCACCGGAUAAUUGCCGACCUGCUAGAGGAUCAUGAGAGUGAGGCAAGAGGCACUGUUGAAAUUGAGGAUGAGCAGCUAGAAAGUGCACAGGAUGCUGGUCACAUGGAUGUUGGAGUGCAGACAAAACAAUCAGUCAGAAACCAAGGCACCCAGGUUGCACCAGGAAAGGCUGAUGUGGGUAUCCAGUGUAUGCUGCUGUGCCCAGAACAUCAUACCCACAUGCAAGAGGAUGAAGAAGAGGAGGAAGAGGAAGACGAGGAAGAGGAAGAUGAUGAUGAUGAUGAGUACUUCCCUACAGAGGAGGAGCUCUUGGGGGCUAAGAGUGAUGAUGAGGACUUUGACCUUGAAUGGGAAACACAUGAGGGAAACACAGACACACCACCGCCACCACAUCGUGAGAGGAAGUACCUUGUGUUUGAAAGUGCUCUGCUACAACUCUUUACCUUGUGUCUGCUUUGUGGCGGAGCAGUGAACUUGACACUUGACACGGCAGGCUCUUUCUUGCAAGUGACACAAGUUUGCAAGUUAUGCAAGUUUGUGAGGAAAUGGUCUAGCCAACCAUUCAUCGGCAACACACCGGCAGGAAACCUCCUGAUGUCAGCAGCUAUUCUUUUUGCAGGUGCAAUUCCCAAACAAGCGCUGCACAUGUUCCGGCAUUUGAGUUGCCAGUGUGUCUCCAUCACGACUUUCUUCCGUCAUCAGCGCCUUUACCUGCACUCUGCA